AUGUCGGAGGGCAGCAUCGCGCUGCAUAUGUUUUGCGACGCGAGUCCGCGAGCAUACGGUGCGGCCGCAUACCUGGUGACGCUCGACAGGGACGGUCAUUACAGUGCGGAUCUUCUUUUGGCAAAGUCUCGGGUGGCCCCGGUCAAAACGGUCUCCUUACCGAGACUCGAGUUAAUGGGUGCCGUCAUCGCGACCAGGCUUAUGAGAUUCUUACAGACGACGUUAUCUCUGUCCACCGUACCCACGGUGUUAUGGACGGACUCUGAGAUAGCACUCUACUGGAUUUACGGAUCGACGAACGACUGGAAACCUUUUGUACAGAACCGGGUGUCGGAGAUACGGGCUGGUACGGAGCCUAGUCAGUGGCGUCACUGCCCCGGCAAAGAAAAUCCCGCGGAUCUUCUCACGAGAGGCACUUCAUGCCUCCAAUUGCUGAACAACAGUGCAUGGUGGCAGGGGCCCUCGUGGCUUAUGGAUCAAGAGUCUUGGCCUCCAGCGUGGCGUACUCCGGAUGAACCCUGCGUCGAGGUACGAAACGAAACAAAGGCCCAGACGGCGUGCUGCGUACCCAUCUUGGCUACUACUACCCUAAUGGAUGUUGCCAAAUACAGUUCGCUCCACCGGCUGCUGAGAGUUACCGCUUGGGUGUCAAGAUUUCUGCACAACUGUAGGCAUACCACAGCCGAAAGGAGGGGACCUUUGACGGCCGCCGAGGUAGUUGCAGCGGAAACAUACUGGGUCACAGCGGCACAGCGUCAAAAUUUCGGUUCUCAUCCCGCGGUGCACAAGUCCUUACAAAAUGUGUCUGUCUUCCAUGAUGACGAUGGUGUUCUCCGUUUGACGGGCCGCCUUCAGUACAGCGAUUUUGAAGAAACCCAGAGGCAUCCCAUCGUCAUUCCCGCUGACCACCCGUUCACCGCUCUUUUAGUUUUCCGGGCUCAUGUCAGGCUUCUGCAUGCUGGAGUUCAGGAGACACUCGCCGCGCUUCGGGAAGAGUACUGA